GGAAUCAGGUCGACGAGGCAAGUUGCUACAGCUACGCCGACGACAAUCCUAUUGGUACUGGAGGAAUUAUAACCAUUACGAUCCUCGCCCUUUUCGCCUUAAUAACUGUGGCCUCCUCAGUGUACGAGUACUAUUUGCUUAAGACCAACAAGGCCCCUAAGCAUGAAGUGCUUAUUGGGUUCUCCGCUCUGAGGAACACCAAGAGGAUCUUCCAGUCCAGCAGCGACCCAAAUCAACUGUUGUGCCUCAAUGGGCUGAAGGCGAUAAGCAUGAUGCUCAUCAUAUUCUUCCACGUCUACCAGAACAACUUCCUGGGGCCCUUUGCCACCUUUUUGGACCUCCAAAAGUUUAUAACAACUAAAGCCAACAUGUUCGUGUUACAAAUGUCGAUUGCUGUUGACACGUUCUUCACCGUGGCUGGCAUUUUGGUCACCUACAACUUCAUGAAGAACUACGACAAGACCGGAAAGUAUGGUGUGGCGGACAUAUUGAAGUCUUACGUCCACAGAUACUUUAGAUUAACGCCAGUUCUUUUAGUAAUGAUCUUGUUGCACAUGUACAUCUUGGAAUACGUGGGGGAAGGACCCACCCACUACAACGUCCAGUCCACUUUAUCAAGUAGGUGCCAUAAGUAUUGGUGGUCUGCCUUGUUGUACGUGCAGAACUACGUGAACCCCAUGAAAGACUGCGUACCUCAAUCGUGGUACUUGUCAGUGGACAUGCAGCUGUUCAUCCUGUCACCAUUUUACCUUAUAAUACUCAAACACUUCCCCAAGUUUACUCGUUACUUAAACGUCACCUUGAUAUUUGUUUCUAUAAUUGUGCCCUUUUAUGUGUCGUACGUGGGGGAGUUCCCAUACGCAGGCUACGUUUCGGAUGAACGUGGUGAUGACUACAUGAUUGAUUACUACAUGAAAACCCAUUGUCGAUUUGGGGUUUAUGUCAUAGGGAUGAUUUGUGGCUAUUACAUUUACCAAAUAAAAAAAGAGAAGAAGUCCAUCAACUUACAAAACUUUAUUAGAGUACCAGUUUGGGUGUUGACCAUUUCAGUAUUGGUGCUUUGUUGGAUGAUUGCCAUUGUCUUCAUGGGUAAGGAGAAAGAUGUUGGGGCUAAUGCAGCCUUCAAUUCCACCUUCAGACAAGUAUUUUCUUUGGGGCUGUCGAGUUUGGUACUUUUGUGUGUGACUGGAAAUGGAGGCUUCAUAAACGACUUCCUGUCCUUGCCCGUCUUUCAAGUCCUGACCAAACUGUCUUACUCCAUGUAUUUGGUGCAUUAUGCUGAAACUGUCAUUCGAGCUUCAUCAACUGUAUACAUCAGAAAAUUCAGCAGGUUAACACUGUUCCUUGACUACUGUGGCGACUUUACGAUAACAUUGAUAUUAUCCUACUUCUGUGUAAUAAUGUUUGAAAUUCCCUUCGUAACGUUGGACAAAUAUUUGUUCUCAAGUAUCGAAGCUGUUUAUGUUAAAUUUAAAAGUUUAUCAGGUAAAAAAUCUCCAUAAUGUACUCAAUCGAUAAAUUCUCAUUUUAUUUGAUAUUAUAUUUUGUUGGUUUAAUUUAAUUUUAUCAUUCAGAUAAGGUUUCAAAAAUGUUGUAAUCUGGGUUGCCUAUUAAUACAGCUAAAUUAGAUUGUUCAGUUCACCCAGUAUAUUUGAAUGGUUUUAAUUAGAUAUUAACUUAAUAUAUUUUUGUACACACUGAUUUUUAAUUACAAUUAUAAUAAAUGAUACUUCAAACACUGAA